CUGAACAACUCUUCCUUUUGCCUGAUCGAACCAUUUCAACUGCAUAGCGGGAAUCUCUAUGCUCUGGUAGAUCACAGUUUUUCUCGCUCUCUUUCUCUCUGUUUCUCUCUGUUUCUCUCUGCAAGACAAAGCCACCGGAAGCAAUGGCGUCGUCGGCAGCUAGGAUUACAUUUCGCGUUGUCAUGGUGGUAGUCCUCCUCCUCGUCAUUUUCUAUGUCGGUCGUCCUCUGUACUGGAAGAUUUCCGCCACUGUCCAUGACAUUCGCCAGAACAAACAGACCGUCAAAGAAGGUUUCUCUCAAAUCGUUCUUGAAGCUCAGAAAUCGGUGGGAUGGUACCACGACGAGUCGGACUCGGGCGUCCAUGAUGGAACUGAUGGAAAGAAGGCUGGAUCGGUUGCUGCUCGGAGGCUGCUUCAUCAGAGGUGGAAAUGCGUACAUAAGAUGACAAGAACUGAAGAUGGCAGUGGUAGCUUGUGAUAGUUUUUGUUACUAUGACUUGCUAGUUGGACAUUUAGUGCUGAUAGAGCAAUUCCAAACAAACUCGACUAGUUGAAGUAUAAUGGAGUAGGCUUCAAUAAACAAAUUUUAGAAAAUGACAUAUAUCUUUGGAACUGUCUAGAUAGAACAGAAGACUUAGUGGCUCUGUAGUUGACCAUAGAAAGAAAGCCAUACUGCCCUACUGUCUUGUAAUCACAUUUCAUUGCUGCUACUCACAAGCUCAAGUGCAGCAAACAUGACAAAUCUCACUUGCAUUAAGUUAUUGCCCUUGUGCAAAUAAUUUAUUUUUUCCUGUUAUUUAUUUUGUGGUAAUUCCUUAAUAUGAAAUAAGUGGUUACCUCUGUCCCAAGUCUUUGAACGUAACGUGUAUACCUACCUCAUCUCAUCCUUGUAAACAUGAGAAGGGAGAGAAGGAAGGAUUGCUGCAGAAUAUUUGAGCAAAUUGAUACGAUAGUCGUGUUACAAACUUCAAAGUUUGAAGUAACACAGUGUUUUCUAGGAAGUUUCACAUUGAAAUUCAUUGUACUAAGUCUAGACACUUUUCUCCAAUCAAGGUACAAGGAAACCUCUGAUCCAAGACUUGACGCAUUAUAUCAUCCUUGUAGUUAAUCAACCCUGUAGCUAUGAUAAAGGGAGACUAGUAAAUUUCAGAAUUAGGAUUUUGAAUGAGUAAACUAGAUAUAAUAUCUUGGUUUCUAGGGGAAAUAGAAGCAUUUUGACCAUCCUUAGCUCUCUGGAGUCUGAAUUGGUUGAGUUGAACAGCUCAAAAUCUUUGCAUUCUGUUGUUCCCCUCUAAGAAAACCGAAUCUUACAAAUCUCCAUGCCAGCUGAAAAAUAUGGACUGCCACUAGAAUACGAUAGAUUUCCAAAUUCAACCUUUAUAUUAAACAUGAAAAUAUCAUAGACAUAUAAUUGUCUCCAUCCCUACAACACUACA